AUGCCCGCGGCUAGUGGUUCAAACUUAUAUGAGGCGUUUGAUUCACCAUCGCAUAAUAACCACAUUAUGGAAGAAGAUUCUCAUAUGAACGCUAAUGGUACGUUUUUGUCCUAUGCGGGAUCGGCAUUUGAUAGUAUGCUUGAAAUACUGCCCGAUGCAGCAGACUUCUCAUUAUUUUCCUCACAUGCAAACUCGCAAGAUCUGCUGAACAGUGACAACUCAAAUGAGCAAUCAGCACCAAAUGUCAAGUCCGCUACAACUUUUCCGAUUCAUUUGGACCAAGAUGAACCGCUUUCGCAUAAUGGCUUCAAUAGUAUAUUUGGGCAACCUACAAAGCAGUACAAGGAUGAACCAACUGAGCCAACGGAGCCUGUAGAGUCAACACAGCCGCUAGAUAUGGCUAAUCAGCAGAAUGGUGAAAUCGCGCAGUUGUGGAAUUUCAAUGUUGAUGAACUUAUGAUGACCCCUAGCGGUUCAAACUCCGCCACAAUAAGUGCUCCAAACAGCUAUAAUUCAGAGACUGUUUUCCAACCUGGUAGUGCUCCUGGUGGUCCUUUGAUGUCAUCACUGAACAUGAAUCCUUCAAACGAGUUAUUCGGACAUCCAAUGAGCGUCGGGAAUAAUAAUAACUUUAGUCAGUUUUUAAGUCUCGGCGUACCGUACCCCAACCUUUCAACUUCAUCCUAUUUCAAUCAAUCCGCCUCAUCGUCUCCAAGAAAUGGGGGAUCACAAGUUACUUUGAAGAAAGAAGAAAUCGGAAAUCCUUACAGGCCACCUUUGAAUGGUAGAAGGUCGUCUUCACAGAUUAACAAAAUGUAUCAUACAGAGGAUGGAGGGAUUCCUUUGAGCAGCACUACUACCGGAAACUCCGUCAGGAAGAACUCUUUGGCUAGGCAAAUGUCCUCGACUUCACUUUCAAAUUAUAAGCGUGGUUCGACUUCUUCAAUUACUGAAAUGCAAAAGAAGCCUCCUCUACUGUGUUUCAAUUGUAAGACUCAAAAGACUCCAUUAUGGAGACGUGAUUCUCAUGGAAAUACCCUCUGUAAUGCCUGUGGUUUAUUUCAGAAACUUCAUGGAACCAUGAGACCACUUUCUUUAAAAACUGACGUUAUAAAAAAGAGGAACAACAAAAAGAGAGCCAAGAAAUUACAGGAACAAGCUGAAAAAAAUGCAGCUAUGAAUGAAAAUAGUAAUAACAAUAGGCCUAAUGAUGAUAGAACAAACAACAAUGCUACUACCAAUGGUGCACGAAUACAACCUAAACCUACAAAGGCGCGAAGGAAUACAAAUCAACGGAAUCCUUUACUUACCGAUGGUAUUAGCCCCCUGCCUGAAUCGCCAAGUGGUAAUAAAUUUGAUCUAGGAUACUCAGAGAGUCCGGCAAAUGGGUCUUUCAGCACCCUGAGUCAUCAGCAGAGCUUAAAUCCAAAUACGUUGAUGACUCACAGCACAAGAACCUCGAACGUGACCCCACCGAUAGCGAAAAAACCUCGUAGAGGUAGUACAUCGUCGAACACCUCGAGUUCAAGCAAAUCGUCAACCAGGUCGCUCGUACCGAUACUUCCUAAACCUACAAGUGCUGGGAAUCAAGCGCAGUUCAACUCUAAUAGUGCCAACAAUAGUGCAGCAUCAUCUCCAAGAGUAGCUGGUUCGAAUUUUAAUGGCAGCAGUCCGAUGCCAGCGUCACAGGGUCAGCUAUCCAGUUCUACGGGAAGACAAGGAAUAACAAUCCCAAGAAGAAAAUCAUCACGCAAUCAAUCAUCGUCUUCAUCCUCGUUCAUGGCAGCUUCUCUACAACAGCUUCAACAGCAAAAUCAGCAGCAACAACAGCAGCAAUAUAACAAUAGUACAUCCGCGACUUUGUCAAACAAUUGGAGUCAAACUUCGAUGGGAGCUUCUCCAAAGUCAACACGCUCUCCAAAGGCUGGUUUCGACCUUUUCGAAAGCCCUGGAAAUUCUCCCGGUUUUUCCGGUACGGCAUCUAGAAGAUCACAUACAUCAUUGUUGUCACAACAAUUGCAAAAGUCCGAGCAGUUUGACGAGAAACUAAAGAUCGAGACUAAUGCCAUGGAAAUAAGCGUCAACAGUUAUUCCCAACAACCAAGUCCCAUGGCUCAUACGGCGAGCGUGAAGCGUUCCCCGAUAACUGCUUCUCCUAGAAACAGCUAUGCAGACUCACUGAUGCAGCAUCGCGGUGUACCCGACCCCAGCUUUAGGAGGCAAUCUUCGUUGACCUUGAGACGCACUGUUUCUUCGAGAGAACAGACACUUUCUCCAUCAUCAGAGACCGCUCGAAACCCCACUAUUAUUACAACGCCACUUCCUUCAACCACUGUUACAGCUGUUACUGCCACCGAUAAUGGCAAUGACGCAAAGACCCCAGGCUUGCGCAGUAACAUCUCUGACGAGUUGGAUUGGCUCAAGUUUGGGAUGUGA